AUCAACUUCAAUUACUUGAUGUCGGCUGCGCUGAUAGUUUGUGCAGAGUAUGAAAACUAAAAUGCAGCAUGUAAUCGCUUUCGUGACGGGUGGAACUUCUGGAAUAGGAAGAGCUAUAGUGGAAAGAAUUAUAAAUCAAGGUGGGAAAGCUGCUAUCUUGGACCGCGCUGUUGAAGGCAGAAAGUUAGCUGAGGAACUUGGCGCAAAUGCAAUUUUUUGCAAAGUUGAUGUGACUUCAGAGGAAGAUGUGCAACAAGCAUUAACACAAGUUAAAGAGCAAUUUGGUGGUAUCAAUGUGGUGAUCAAUUGUGCAGGCAUUGCAAUAGUCCAUCACCCGUAUGAUUUUGAAACCGAAACGGCACAUCCUCUCGAGAUCUACAGGAAGGUGAUGGACGUCAAUGCUCUGGGGACGUUUAAUGUCACGCGGCUAGCGGCCGGCGUGAUGGCAGCGAACAUGCCUGACGAGAAUCAGCAACGUGGCCUCUUCAUCAACAUUGUAAGUAUCUGGGCCCACGAUGCUCCGUCCUGUGGGGUGGCUUACGCUGCCAGCAAGGCUGCAGUCCGAGGCAUGACUAUUCCACUCGCAAGAUCUUUUGCGCCGAAGGGUAUUCGUGUCGUGACCAUAGCGCCAGGAUAUGUGGACACUCCUAUGGCAAUUGAACGUCGAAGGAAUGAGGCUCUGCAUAAGAUCACCAUCGCGGGCCUCUUGACCCCGAAACGUAUGGCAUUUCCUGAUGAGAUAGCUCAUCUGGCUCAAUGUAUCAUUGAAAAUCCGUACAUCAAUGCGGUAAAUAUGGAGAUUAGUGGAGGUUUUCACUAUAUCAGAACGAAGGAGGAAAUUUGAUGUAAUGUUUCCGUUGAUACUGAAACUAAAGAAUUUCGGAAGACAUAAGAUGAAAAGAUUGGUACCUUCGAGCUUCAUAGGUGUGUAUCGAAAUACACAACCUUGAGCUGAUCGCGUGAGUGCUUUAUUAGCAUUGGACUACCGAGACACUGAUUAACCAUAAACGCCACUAAUUUUUACUACGUCUAUAGUACUAGUAGCAAUCAUUCAGCUUGGUGUAAUUACUGUAUAUGACUCUGCGACUUUAGCUAUCUCUGAUGCAGGGAUCACUGCAAAAAUUAAUGACUGAAUUUCAGACAUUUUUAUAGACACUUUUCAAACACUUUUGGGACGAUUUUGUAGAUAAUUUUGAGACAUUAAAAUGUGUCUGAAUCAAUAGAGGUAUUUCAAUUGCAGACACUAAGAUGUCUGAAAUUAAGAUACACGCAUCAGUUUCAGAUAUAAGAGGUGUUCGAAAUUUUCAGACAUCAGUUAGAUUUUCAGACACUUUUAAAGAUUCAGA